UCACUUUGCGCUUAUAUAGGCAAAACAAACAAUGGAUGUGCAAAUGAUUAAUUGCAGGCAGUAGUGUUGGGGUGCUGGGGUGGUAUUAGGUGCAAGCUGGGGUUUGUAUGUUAGGAUUGGGCAGUGCUGAUUGUGUCCAACACCCACCCCAAUUUAGUGUCAGGGGCAGAGCAAACACAACUGUACAGUCAGGGAGGGUCAUUCUCAGUUGUGGACCCACUGGCAGCAAUAUGGAUAUGUGGAUGAGUUCCCCAUGAAAGGGAUGAGCAAGAGGAUCCUGAAGCUGGAGGAGAUGCCAUCACCACAGGAUGGGAAUUGGGGCAACUUGCCAAGCUUCUCCCUGAUUGGUUUUUACUCGCCUCUGUACGGGCUGGAUGUACAAUAAGGAUUUACUAUUGCGGAGCGCAAAGUUUCCUUCUGAAAAUCGCUGAAUUUGGGACGGUUCUCCCUUGGGCAGUUUCUCCUUUCUGUCGCUAUUCACUUUGCUGGAGCUGAGAGCUGGUACCUCUGGAAGAAUCUAGGGCAAUCGCAGUUUUUUUUUGCCAUUUUGGAUUGUAGAGGAUUCUGGGGGUGGGGAGGAAGGAGAUUUGGGGCCAUAAUAUUUACCGGAUAAUUCCUAAUCAUUUUUGUGUGUCGUUAAGAGCUCCUGACGGAUACAGUUGUUACGGUCCAUGAUGCCUGCCAUGAGGGCAUCUCUUAUUUUGGGAUGUCUCCUGAUUAUAGGUCCGUGGGCAAUUCUUGCUGAAAAUCCUUUGCCCACCAUAUUUCCUGACAAGGAUGAGUUGGUUCAGGCGUUGCACUCCUCCUUUACACUAAAAUGCACUGGCGAAAGUGAGGUGAGCUGGCAGAACCCCAAUUCCAAUCCCGAGAAGCAAAAUGUAGUCAUUCGAAGUGAAGAAAACAACAGCGGCCUCUUUGUGUCCAUUCUGGAAGUGAGCGAUGCGUCUGCCUUUGAUACGGGACUUUACACCUGCUACCACAAUCACACCCAGACUGAGGAGAGUGAGAUUGAAGGCACAGAUAUCUACAUCUAUGUCCCAGAUCCUAAUGUUCCUUUUGCUCCCCCUGGGUUAUUUGACCAUAUUAUCGUGGUUGAGGAAGAUGAGUCUGCUUUGGUACCUUGUCGCACUACUGACCCUUCAAGCGAAGUGAUGCUGAAAAAUAUAGAAAGUUCUAGAACUGUCUUCGCCUUUUAUGACAGUAAGCAAGGGUUUGCCGGAAAUUUCCCCCCAGGAUCGUACAUCUGUGAAACAACCUCCAACAAAAUGGUCUAUCAGACAGAACCUUACAUUUUACAGACAUGGAAAGCAACUCACAACAUUUCAGUUGAGAUGGAAGCCCCCAAGACUGUGUUCAGAGCUGGGGAAACCAUUGCUAUUGACUGCAUUGUGCUGGACAAUGAGGUGGUAGACUUGAAGUGGACCUACCCAGGAAAACAGAGAGGGGUUGGCAUUAGAAAUGUCGAAGAAAGCAAGGUUCCGUAUCAGCGACUGGUGUACACUUUAACCCUCGCAAAUGCCACUACAGAAGACUCGGGAGAGUACGAGUGCGCCGUUAUACAUGCAACCCUCGAUAACCGGGUAGUCAAGAAGACAAACAUAACAGUUCAUGAAAAGGGAUUCAUUGACCUGGAGCCCAUGUUUGGAUCGGAGGAAUUUGCCAAUCUCCACGAAGUGAAGAGCUUUAUAGUAAACCUGCAUGCGUAUCCCACCCCUGGGCUCUUCUGGCUGAAGGACAACCGGACACUGAGUGAAAAUCUGACAGAGAUCACCACUAGCAUUGUUACAACUAAAGAAACCAGGUUUCAGAGUAAACUUAAACUGAUCCGGGCCAAAGAAGAAGACAGUGGGCUUUAUACUCUGGUGGCACAAAAUGAUGCAGAAACUAAAAGUUACUCAUUUAUGUUGCAGAUAAAAGUACCAGCUUUGAUAUUGGAACUGGUUGAUAAGCAUCAUGGGGCAUCUGGUGAACAGACUGUUGGGUGCUUAGCCAAAGGGAUGCCGGUCCCUGAUGUGGAAUGGCUGGUCUGCAAGGACAUUAAAAGAUGCAACAAUGACACCUUGUGGUCCAUUCUGGCAACAAAUGGAUCAGAAAUCAGUAUGGAGACCCAUCAAGAUGAUGAGCAAAUUGAAAGCCAGGUGACCUUCAAGAAAAUUGAGGAGACAAUGGCAAUCCGAUGUAUCGCAAAGAAUGAACUUGGUGUUGUGGCCAGGGAACUAAAGUUGGUUGCACCUACCCUGCGUUCGGAGCUAACUGUGGCUGCUGCUGUCUUGGUCCUUCUGGUGAUUGUCAUCAUAUCCCUCAUUGUACUUGUCAUCAUAUGGAAACAGAAACCAAGGUAUGAAAUAAGAUGGCGAGUAAUCGAGUCCAUCAGCCCAGAUGGCCAUGAAUAUAUCUAUGUGGAUCCAAUGCAGCUUCCUUAUGACUCUCGGUGGGAGUUCCCAAGAGAUGGACUUGUUCUUGGUCGCAUCCUUGGCUCUGGAGCUUUUGGGAAAGUGGUUGAAGGCGCCGCAUAUGGAUUAAGUCGUUCUCAGCCAGUUAUGAAAGUUGCUGUUAAAAUGUUGAAACCUACUGCCCGGUCAAGCGAAAAGCAGGCACUGAUGUCCGAACUGAAGAUUAUGACGCACCUUGGCGCACAUCUCAAUAUAGUAAAUUUACUAGGAGCCUGUACCAAGUCGGGUCCAAUUUAUAUCAUUACUGAAUACUGCUUCUACGGUGACCUCGUGAAUUACCUGCAUAAGAACCGGGAUAAUUUUCAGAGCCGACAUCCAGAGAAACCAAAGAAGGACUUGGAUAUCUUUGGGCUGAACCCAGCUGAUGAAAGCACAAGAAGCUACGUUAUUUUAUCAUUUGAAAACAAUGGCGACUACAUGGACAUGAAACAGGCUGACACCAUGCAGUAUGUACCUAUGCUGGAAAUGAAAGAACCCUCCAAGUAUUCAGAUAUCCAGAGAUCCUUGUAUGACCGUCCUGCAUCGUACAAGAAGAAGCCUUUAUCAGAAGUGAAAAAUAUCUUGUCUGAUGAUGGAUUUGAGGGUCUGACAGUACUGGAUUUGCUCAGUUUCACAUACCAAGUUGCAAGGGGCAUGGAGUUCUUAGCCUCUAAAAAUUGUGUACAUCGGGAUUUGGCAGCUCGAAAUGUCCUAUUAGCACAUGGGAAAAUUGUGAAAAUCUGUGACUUUGGCCUAGCGAGAGACAUCAUGCAUGACUCCAACUACGUAUCCAAAGGCAGCACUUUCCUUCCAGUGAAGUGGAUGGCACCUGAAAGCAUCUUCGAUAACUUGUACACAACUCUCAGUGAUGUGUGGUCAUUUGGGAUCCUGCUAUGGGAAAUAUUCUCUCUUGGUGGCACACCAUACCCUGGCAUGAUUGUAGACUCAACUUUCUAUAAUAAGAUAAAAAGUGGCUACAGAAUGACAAAACCUGACCAUGCCACCCAUGAAGUGUAUGACAUCAUGGUAAAAUGCUGGAACAGCGAACCAGAGAAAAGGCCAUCAUUUGGCCAUCUGAGUGACAUUGUUGAAAGUCUACUUCCCACGGAAUACAAAAGGUGCUACGAGACAGUUCUUCACGACUUCCUUAAAAGUGACCACCCUGCAGUUACCCGCAUGAGAAGUGACAGUGACAAUUCCUACAUUGGGGUGACGUAUAAGAAUGAACACAAAAUGAAGGACAGAGAAAGCGGAUUUGAUGAGCAGAGGCUGAGUGCUGACAGCGGUUACAUUAUUCCCCUUCCCGAUAUUGACCCCGUCUCAGAUGAUGAGUCUGGCAAGAGGAACAGGCACAGUUCUCAGACAUCAGAAGAAAGUGCAAUCGAGACUGGUUCCAGCAGUUCCACUUUUAUAAAGAGGGAGGAUGAGACCAUUGAAGACAUUGAGAUGAUGGACGACAUUGGGAUUGAUCCCUCGGAUCUAGUGGAGGACAGUUUCCUGUGAGAUCUCGUAGAAUCCAUUUCACUUGCCAAGCCAUGCAAACUAAAGGGAAAGGCUGUGAAGUCUAGAGAUUUAUAUUUUUUACCCUAAAACUCUCUCAUUGCGUCGAAGAAUAAAACUUUGGAAAUGGUGGCCACAUGGUACUUCAAGGGACGGAGUUUGUAUCAGAAUCACACCAUGGAACUGGAAAUAAUGCUUGGUACAAAGACCAAAACCCUCUCGGAGUAGUUUAUCAAGCGGUACAUCGUAGCAUCUCAGAUUGUUUGUGGAUUUUCGGACAGACAUCAAAUAGCAGCUUCCUGUUUUAAGGGCAUUCAUGGCUAUGAAGACCAGAAAUCACACAGCAGUUCAAUUCCAUCGUUGUAAUUAUGUAAAUAAGAAAAAAACAUUUUAUUUGGACUAAAAAAUGGAGACCACUUUUGUACAUCAAUGGCUGCUGUUACUCAAGCAUCGAAACCACUUUAAAAACCCUUUAAGACUGACGGAAUUUUUUUUUUAUUUUUUUUUUACGAAUUAUGCAAAUGCACACAUAUUUACGGAUAAAAUUCUGGGCUCAACAGCCUGUUUAACUCUUUUAUUUUAAAUGAUGUUUUCUUGUGUACGUACUGCAAGUAUUAACAUAAAAAAUAGAUGUAUUUUUGAUAACACUUUGAAAUUAAUUGCAUUAACCAACAAAAAAAAAACCACAAUCCUUGGGUUAAUAUCAGCUAACAAGGAGUCUUUUUUUUUUUAAAUAAAAACUAUUUUUGGUGUAUUAAUGCAGAUAUUAAAGAUGCUUCAAGCUGAAUUUAGCUAAUAUGCAGUAGAACUGACAGUAGUAGUAACCACUACAGGGAUUACAUGGGAAGUAAUGUUGUGUUUGGAUUUGUGCAUAGCAAUUAAUAGAUCUUUUAACAUUGCAUUAGCAACUAAUUCUGUGCAUUACAAACUCUGACUGUCGUGUCUCAGUGUACUAAAACUAUUCCUAACAGGGCAGAUAUUAGAGAAGAGUUACUUUAAAACUAGACUAGAAUCCGUUGUGGUCCUGGGAAAAUCCAGUUAUUAUCAGGUACAUCGAACUUGUAUUCAUUCAGCUGUAAGUCUCAAAACCCAGCUUGAGUAGAAGGUCAAGACAUGGUACAGCAUCAGUAUUACUGUGAUACAUCACACUGCUCAGGGCCCAGUGGUACUUUCAGUUACAUAUAAAAGGCACAACAUACUGUAUAUACAGUGUCACACAUUGCAGGGAUUUUCUGAAUUAUCCAUCAUGAACAAGUUCUUAGUUAAACGUUUGUAUUUAUGGGGGAACGUAUUAAAAGUCCCUAAGAGAAAGAAUAGGUGCAGUUGUGCAAACAAUAUGCAUCAUAUCCAGGAUUAAGUUCAGGUAUCGGCCGAAUCCCAGCACUUUUUGAAGAAUUCUGAUUCGCCGGAAACCUGUUCAGCCAAGCCCAAACCCUUAAUGUGAUGUAUAGCUGUGGGCAACUAAACAGACCAUGCCAUUUCUACAAUUUUUGUAUAUUCAAGUUUGAGUUUAGUUUCAGCCAAAUCCAUACAGUUUGUGUGAUACAACUGCCUAGAAAAGACACAAGGGGUAAUAUACCACCUGCAGGGCAGGGUGCAAAGUCACAUGUUUAUUGCCUUUGUAUCUUGCCAUGCAGGUAAGACAGAACCCAUAUCUUUUCUAUGAAUACAGCACUGCCUGCAAUCAGCAGCACUGUAUUCAUGAGGGAUGGGCAGAUGCACACUGAUGUUCCUCUUCCCAUCCCGAAUCUUGCAUGUCAUUUUAAUGCGGUCAUCGCUGUGCCCACUGGAUCUAUUCUCUGCACCUUGUGCCAGAUUUCUUAUCCCAGUCACAAAUUCUAUUUAUAUGAGCACUAUGGGACUCACUUCUCCCUAGUACUCUUGCAUUUGUGUCUGGGGUCUCAGUAAAAAAAACCCUCUAUACAGUGAAAAAAAAUCACCUUCAAGCAGGUGUAAAAAAAGUGCAAUGCACAAUAAAAAUCUGCUAUCUAAAAACACUAUGAGCAACAAUAUUACAACCUUUCAAUCUUGAUUUAGGGGAUUUAAAUUAAUGAAUUCAUUUUACAUUCCCCCAGUAUUUUUGUGUUUACCUUUUCACAAGAUUUUGGUUCCAUAAAAACUGCUGCAGCCUUUCAGCGCAGCUCACUCCGUGCCAACACGAACUGGAAAAUGGUUCAUUAUGAAGCCAAAAUCUGACCUUGUGGACCAAGUUGUUUUAUUAAAAACUGCAAUAACGAGUUAAUAAAAUGUGUACAGUGAAUGAUAACCACAAUAAUGACCUUAUGAAAUAUGUACAGUGAUGUUUUUAUCCUGCUCUCAGACCUGGAAAAGAAAAUGUCUCAAGGAGAGAAUCCCUCAUUCUUCGCAUUGUUUUUACACAGCAAUAAUUAUAUGAAAUGGGGUCUGUAUUACUUAGUCCUAAUAUCCGAUGAAGGACGUAAGCUAUGAUGAUGUUAUACAUCAAUUUGUAUAUUUUUAUUACUAUAUAGUCCUUAAAUACUGCCAAAACAAUUAUGUUAAGCUAUAUCACUGCCUUUGUUUAUAUUUGUUUUGACUGUGUUGUACUCCACAGAUGCGUAACUGUUGCACUUUUAAAUGUUGAAAUUAUAUUUUAGAAUAAUAAAAAUCUACAUGUUUGUAAA